CACACAGAAGAAGAAGUAGCUGGCGUUUGAGAGCUGUCCGAUAAACACAGCUGCUCUCUGCUCCUCCGUGUGUCUUUGUGGGGAAGCCUUUUAGUGUUAUCUCCUCUAAAGAAAUGACUUCCUACUGCAGGUCUUCUCCAGCUCCUAUCGUCCACUUCAACAGGAGAUGGUAGAGGAAAACAUCUGAGAAUCUAAAACCUUUGUGAGCAGCCAGAAGCAGCUCUGGUACUCGGCAAACACCACCUGAUACUCUCCAGACUAACACAUCUUACAGAAAAAUGCAGAAAAAUACCUGCAAAGAGAGAAAUCACCAGUGUGAAGAGACUUUUUUUGACAGAUAUAACCUCCAAAGACACCAGCGCAUUUACACAGAGAAACCGCAUCAUUGCUCAAAGUGUGAAAAGAGUUUUAAACGAAAAACUCAUCUCCAAGUGCACGAGCUCAUUCACACAGGAGAGAAACCAUAUCAAUGCUUAGAGUGUGGGAGGAGCUUUAAUCGAAAGAGUAAUCUCCAAACACACCAGCGCAUUCACACAGGAGAGAAACCGUAUCAGUGCUCCGAAUGUGGGAAGAGUUUUAACCGAAAGAGUAAUCUCCAACUACACCAACACAUUCACACAAGAGAGAAGCCAUAUCGCUGUUCAGAGUGUGGGAAAUGCUUUGCUGCACAGAGUAAUCUACUCGCGCACCGACGCAUUCACACAGGAAAAAAGCCGCAUCACUGCACAGACUGUGGGAUGAGCUUUAAUCAGAAGACUCAUCUCCGAUCACACCAACGCAUUCACACAGGAGAGAAGCCGUAUCAGUGCUCUGAGUGUGGGAAAUGCUUUACUGCACAGACUAAUCUCCAAGUGCAUGGACGCAUUCACACUGGAGAGAAGCCGUAUCAAUGUUUAGACUGUGGGAAGAGUUUUACUGUACGGAGUAAUCUCCAAGUACACCAGCGCAUUCACACAGGAGAGAGACCGUAUUAUUGCACAGAGUGUGGAAUGAAUUUCACUCUGCAGAACAGUCUACAAAUACACCAGCGCAUUCACACAGGAGAGAGGCCGUACCACUGCUCAGACUGCGGGAAGAGUUUUUCGCAGAGUGGUCCCCUCAAAACACACAAACACCAGCGCAUUCACACAGGAGAGAAACCGUAUCACUGCUCUGAGUGUGGAAAGAGUUUUAGUCUGCGUUCUACCCUUCAGACACACAAGCGCAUUCACACAGGAGAGAAACCGUUCCAGUGUUCGGAGUGUGGGAAAUGCUUUACUACACAGAGUUGUCUCCGAGGGCACAGACGCAUUCACACAGGAGAGAAACCGUAUCACUGCUCAGAAUGCGGGGCGAGUUUUAAUCAGAAGAGUCAUCUGAAAUCACAUCAGCGCAUUCACACAGGAGAGAAACCGUAUCACUGCUCAGAAUGCGGGACGAGUUUUAAUCGGAAACAUCAUCUGAAAUCACAUCAGCGCAUUCACACAGGAGAGAAACCGUAUCACUGUUCAGAGUGUGGAAAAAGUUUCACUGAGGGACGUCUUCUUCAAACACAUCAGCGCAUUCACACAGGAGAGAAACCGUACCAGUGCUCAGAGUGUGGGAAAUGCUUUAAGGCACUGCCUCAGCUCCGUGUGCACCAGCGCAUUCACACAGGAGAGAAACCGUACCAGUGCUCAGAGUGUGGGAAAUGCUUUACGGCACUGCCUCAGUUCCGUGUGCACCAGCGCAUUCACACAGGAGAGAAACCGUACCAGUGCUCAGAGUGUGGGAAAUGCUUUACGGCACUGUCUCAGUUCCGUGUGCACCAGCGCAUUCAUACAGGAGAGAAACCGUAUUACUGUUCAGAAUGUGGCAAGACUUUCACUAGCUUUACUAUCCGAUAUAGUCUCCAAAGACACCAGCACAUUCACACAGGAGAGAAAUCGUUCCAGUGUUUAGAAUGUGGGAAAUGCUUCAAUAGACAGGGUCGUCUCCAAAUUCAGAGACACGUUCAUACAGGAGUGAAACCAUACCAGUGCUCAGAGUGUGGGAUGAGUUUUAAUCACAAGAAUCAUCUAAAAUCACAUCAGCGCAUUGACACAGGAGAGAAGCCGUAUUACUGUUCAGAAUGGGGCAAGACUUUCACUGUGCUUCACAGUCUACAAAAACACCAGCGUACUCACACAGGAAAGAGAGCUGAACAGGGCUAG